CUGUCAGGGACGCUAGACUGGCGGCUUAUGUGUGGGUGAGAAGGGAAUGAGGUCGACCCAGACCUUGGGGUCUCACUGUAACUGAGAGAGGCGGGGCCUGUGAAGGAAGGUAGAACCAGGGGGCGGAGCUAAACUAAGCCGCAUUGCUGUGUAACUUUUGGGGGAAGGUGAAGUUGGUACAAGGGGCGCCGGCCCCUGAGUUUUGGAUCUGAAGUGGGUCCUCUGAGAAGAUCUUGGGCAGCGGAGCAACUCUUUCUUUGUACCCCCAGUGUGUGUGUGUCUGACCCACCUCGUACAGCUCAGGAGAGGGGAUUCACUAGGCUGGGUUGCCUCUUCUGGAGAAGGUGUGGACUGGCUGAGGUCUGCGACCAUGAAAGUCAAAGUCAUCCCGGUACUUGAAGACAACUACAUGUACCUGAUCAUUGAGGAGCACACACGGGAGGCAGUGGCUGUGGAUGUGGCUGUGCCCAAGAGGCUGCUGGAGAUUGCAGGCCGCGAGGGGGUGUCUCUGACCACGGUGCUGACCACCCAUCACCACUGGGACCACACACGUGGAAAUGCAGAGCUGGUGCACCUGCAGCCAGGACUGGCGGUCAUGGGAGCAGAUGAGCGUAUCUGUGCACUAACCCGCAGGCUGGCACAUGGGGAGGAGCUUCAGUUUGGGGCCAUCCACGUGCGAUGCCUCUUGACGCCAGGCCACACCUCUGGCCACAUGUGCUACUUCCUGUGGGAGGAUGAAUGCCCGGACCCACCAGCCCUCUUCUCUGGGGAUGCUCUGUCAGUGGCAGGCUGUGGCUGGCAUCUGGAGGACACUGCCCAACAGAUGUACCAGAGCUUGGCCAAGACCCUGGGCACCCUACCACCCCAGACGAAGGUGUUCUGUGGUCAUGAGCAUACACUGAGCAAUCUUGAAUUUGCGCAGAAGGUGGAGCCCUGCAACAACCAUGUGCAAGCUAAGCUGUCCUGGGCCCAGAAGAGGGACGAUGAUGACAUACCUACUGUGCCUUCGACACUGGGCGAGGAGCUCUUGUACAACCCUUUCCUGAGGGUGACGUAA